UCUCCCAGCAACUAUAAAGGCAGGAUUUCUGUUGUCUUGGGAAUCGUUGUCAGAGACCUAUCUUUGUAUUCCUUCCUCAACGUGGCGCAGCAUCCUUUUCCUUAUCUACACUUUCGUGUACAGAUGUACAGUGCACUAUUGUUUAUUAGCUUCAGUUUCCACUGUCUCCAUUCUGUGUCUAAGUGACUCGGCUUAGGUCAUUUGGGAUUUUUGUUUGGUUGGACGUGCUGUGAGAUUUGUGGGACCUUAGUUCCCUCAUCAGGGAUUGAACCACGCCUCCUGCCGUGGAAGGGAGGAAUAUUAAUCACUGAAUCGCCUGGGAAGUUCGGGGAUGCAUUUGGAUUGAUGGAUUUGAGAGCAUCUGGAAAGGUACUCUUAGCCUCUAGGAACACGCUGAGCUUCGAAGAAUUUGAAAAACUGUCUCCAAACACUUGGGUGAUCAGUUACAGAUAGUAAUCCUCAAACAUCUGAAUGCAUUCUCUUUAAGAAGCAACGCCCCACCUCAGUCUCUGAAUUUCGGUUGUUAUUUGAGCAAACCUCACAGUGUAGCUUCGCCUUUUCUCCUGCAAGUCAGGGAUCACUCAAACGACCUUGGCUCGUGGAUCUGUGGGAAAUACAUUACCCAGGCGGCUGUGCGAUGGGCGGCUGCGACGAUCAGCCAAUUAGGACGAAAAGAAGCCGCAUUUUCUUGUGAAGCAAUAGUUUCUGGGCGGGACUUCCGGUGGCGACGCUAUGAGCGUUAUUUUGAAUGUGCUCGAGUUUUUUCAUAAUUCAAGCGCUUCGGUUACUUGUGCUGGGAAGCGGGGAUGAGACUGAGAAGAUACCAGCUGCAGAGAGGCGGGUGUGAGGCCCGGUGACUCCGCCCAGGGUGUGCCGCGCCAAGACUGGGAGAGGCCCCGCCGGGCGGGGUACUGCAGCCGCUCCCGGUCCCGCUCCGCCCACAGAGUCCGAUGGCGGCGGCACUAAGGGACCCGCCUCAGGGUGGUGUGACCUUUCCAGAUGUUGCUGUGUACUUCUCCUGGGAGGAAUGGAGGCUCCUUGAUGAGGCUCAGAGACGCCUGUAUCUGGAUGUGAUGCUGGAGAACUAUGCACUUAUAUCCUCACUGGGUUGCUGCUGUGGAACAGAGAAUGCAGAGGCGCCUUCUGAACAGAUCACUUCUCUAGAAAUGUCACAGGCUAGGACCACGAAGGCAGCUUUGUCUUCCCAGAAGAUGCACCCAUGUGAGACCUGUGGUCCAGUCUUGAGAAAUGUUUUCCACUUGGCUGAGCACCAUGAAACACAGCACGUCCAAAAACUGUUGAGGUGUGGAGCAUAUGGGAAACAGUUUUAUUUUAGUACAAACUUUCAGCAGCACCUGCAGCAGCACAUGGGAGAGAAAACCCUCAAAAGCAGUGGCGACAAGGCCUUGUUUGUGAAGAGCUGCAGCUUCCUUGUGUCACAGAAGCCAUUUACAUGCAGGGAUUUUGAAAAGGACUUCCUGACCAUCAUGGUUCAUCUGCAGCAACAGGCUGUGAAGAAGCCAAACACAGUCACCCAGUGCCAGUCAACCUUACAUGGCAGGAAAAGUCAUCACACAUGGGAAGAAUGCAAGAAAGCCCUCAGUCCCCCACGUACACUUGUUCAGGACCAGGGUGUCCGCACUGGAAGACCUUGUUUUGUGUGCAGUGAAUGUGGGAAAGCAUUCAGGUACAAAUCCUCAUUUGUUGUGCACCAGAGAGUCCACGCUGGAGAAUGGAUCCAUGUGUGUGGUGAAUCUGGAAAAUCCUUUAGGCAAAGCUCAACCCUGUGUCAACAUCAAAGCAUUCAUACUGGGGCAGUGCAGUACAAGUGCAGCAAAUGUGGGAAAUUCUUAAGCCACAAAUCUGUCCUCAUUUCUCCCCACACAUGGCACAGUGGAGAAAAUAGUUACGUGUGUGGUGAAUGUUCAAAAUCUUUUACGUCUAGCUCAGCCCUCACUUACCAUCAGAGAUCUCACACAGGAGAAAGGCCUUAUGAGUGUAGUGACUGUGAGAAAUCUUUUGUCUCUAGGCCUGCCCUCAGGUAUCAUCAGAGAUCUCACACAGGAGAACGGCCUUAUGCAUGCAGUCAAUGUGGAAAAACUUUUACCACUAGCUCUAACCUCCAUUAUCAUCAAAGAGUUCACACUGGAGAAAGGCCUUAUGAAUGUAGUGAAUGUGGGAAAUCUUUUAACAAUAGGUGGGUUCUCAUUCAACAUCAGAGAGUUCACACAGGAGAAAGGCCUUAUGAGUGUACUGAGUGUGGGAAAUUGUUUAAAUAUGGAUCCCAAUUGAAUCAACACCAGAAAGCUCACACUGGUGAAAAGCCUUUUAAGUGCACUGAAUGUGGGAAGUCUUUUAACAAUAGGUGGACACUCAUUCAACACUGGAGAGUUCACACCGGAGAAAGGCCUUUUGAGUGCAGUGAAUGUGGGAAGUCCUUUAAUCGAAGAAAUAACCUCAUCUUACACCAGAGAAUUCACACAGGAGAAAGGCCUUACGUGUGCAGUGAAUGUGGGAAAUCUUUUACCUUCAGCUCCAGCCUUCGUUAUCAUCAGAGAGCUCACACUGGAGAAAGACCUUAUGAGUGCAGUGAAUGUGGGAAGUCUUUUAUUUCUAGGUCUGACCUCCAUUAUCAUCAAAGAGUUCAUUCUGGAGAAAGACCUUAUGAGUGUAGUGAAUGUGGAAAAUCCUUUAUCCAAAGAAAUAACCUCAUAAUACACCAGAGAAUUCACACAGGAGAAAGGCCUUAUGAGUGCAGUGAAUGUGGUAAAUCUUUUACUUGUAGUUCCACUCUGCAUUAUCAUCAGAGAGUUCACACUGGAGAAAGGCCUUACGUGUGCAGUGAAUGCGGGAAAUCUUUUAUUACCACAUCCAAACUGCGUUGUCAUCAGAAAGGUCACGUUGGAGAAAGGCCUUAAGAGUGCACUGAAUGUGGGAAAUCUUUUAUAGGAAAAAUCUAACCCCUUUCAACAUCAGAGUUCACACAAAGGCAUAGAUAUGCAUGAAAUGUGGUUUCAGCAUUCAGUUGAAGGGCACUGGAGGAAACUUUCUGAGGAGCCAUCUGUCUGAAUUGACUUUCAUCCAUCUGCGCAUGCAUAGUGGGAGAAUCCCUGGUUAUGUGUGAAGCGUGUGUGACUAUGUUGCACUCUCCAACCUAUCCAGGGUUCUUCCCAGAUUUAUGUCACUGCCAUCUCUGUGGUCAAGGCCAUUUCACACCUACCACCUAGCAGGUCCACAUAGUGUGCUCAGGGAAAUUUAACUCUGUCCUCCCAUAUAUUGGCCAAAUCAGGAGUUACCUGAGCCCUAGGGGGUCUUUCUCUCCUCUUUGGUGAUGUUGGGCAUAGACCUAACCCAAUAUUGAUCCAUAGAACAUCAUUUGAGUUUGCUGGUGGCACUCCAACAAAGAUGACAGUUUUAAGGGACAUGUUGGUGUCAUGUGAUACUUGUGAUGAGUGUGUCCAGCUUGCAAGUCAUGGACUCCAGAGCUCAGCUACACAUUGCUUUGAACAGUAACAAAGGCCCUACCCUUGAAGUCUUCAUUAAUCUUGACAGUUUUGUUCCUGUGUAGGGUAGUUUAGAAACUAGUACAGAUUUCUAAUCUACAGGCAGGAAGGAGGGGAGAAAUUUUUAUAGGUCUUACAUGCUGUACCUGAGGAGGGGCAGCAUCAUGGCAGAAAAUAACUUGGUGAUUUUGACCAAAUUUGUGUUACUGCCCAGAGCCUCCUAGGAAAGACUGCAGGACUUUCUCUUCAUUUGAAGCCUGUAUGCUAUAUUUCUCAUGAGUCUCAGAUGACUCCUAAGGAAGGGGAGUGGUUCUGAGAACCACAUCAUUUUUUUCUCUUACUUGGAGUAAAGAUCACAGGUGUUUCCACCACUGUUGACGGAAUGUCUUCCCCAGGUCUGCAAAGAUCCACAUUCCUUGAUGGCCACAAUCCACUGGUUGUCACUGGUUGUAAGAGAACUGUGAUAGAUACGGAACGGUUAUAAGGGGAACCAUAAUAAGUAUGGAAACUCUAGUAUAUAGUGUAGGAGACUGCAGCCAAUUAGAUGAAAUGUACCUCUUCUAAAAAUGUAGCUAGAGGGAAUUCCCUGGUGGUCCAAUGGUUAGGACUUACCCGCUUUCACUGCCAAGGGCCCUGGUUCAAUCCCUGGUUGGAGAACUAAAAUCCCAUAAACCUCAAAGUGUGGCCAAAAUAAAACAAAGUGUAGCCAGCAAUGUUUCUGUGACUCUGCAGGAUCACAGAUCAUGCAAAUCUCAGGACUUGUGGGCACGCCUAUCUUGUGUAGCUGAGGAUGUUGUCAGGGAAAUUAGUCAGGCUUUGAGGAUCACUGUAGCCUCUCAGUGAUGUUCACCUCCAGGCCCUUACUACACAGGGAGGAAAAAAGGGAAGAGGUCUCAUAUUCUGAGGAUGUGGCUCUUGGCCUGUGCAGCACUCUUCCUGAUGGAUAGAAAUGUUCAUUGCUCCCUGUAUUUGCUGCUAUUGAGACAAGACUGACCUUCCAGAGGGCAUAAGGAGAGAGAUGCUGGAGUCAACACAGCGUUUCUCAGCCUAUGUUCCAUAAAGAGUGGGACAUGGGUUUUGUUUGGUUUUUUUCUUGAGCCAAUUUUUAAAGCUUUAUAAAGAUAUAAUUUAUAUGUAAUCAGCAGCUUAUAACUAAAAUAUACAGUUUUACAAAUUUUGACAUAUGUACAGACCUCUGAAAACAGCAUCCUACUCUUGAUAAUGACCAGAUCUGUCAUGGUGUGUUUACCUCAUGUCUUUUUAUAAUCUCUUCUUGCUUUCCCACCUCUCCAGGUAACCAUUUAUUUACUUUCCCUUAUAAUAGAUAACCUUUGCAUUUUCUUAUAUUUAUAUGAUGGGAAUAAGCUGUUCUUUUUUUUCCCUGGUUUUCUUUGUUUUAUAAUUACUUUGAGAUAUGAGUAUCUCUUUUCUGAGCAAUAUUCUUAUCUUUGGGUAUGCCACUGUUGACUUACUUAUCCAUCUCUUUAUGGUUCUUUAGGUUAUUUCUAGGUUGUGACUAUUGGAAGUAAACCUGUUACAAACAUUUGUGUUAGUUUA